AUGGCACAAGCCCUCGACAUUUCCUCGUCGUCAGGACCCGGACCCCUCGUCGCCCUGCCCGAGCGAACUCUCGGCCCCCCAGCCUCGGCCAUCACGCCUCCCUCGACCGUCCAGCGCUCGGCCUGGACGUCGUCGCCUCGCGCGCCCGCCAUGGACAUGUUCAACUUCACAACCGCUGCCUCGGCAUCCGCAGUCGCCUCGUAUGCCCCCGCCGGCGGCAGCAAUAGCAAUAGCAAUAGCAAUAGCGGCGGCAACAGCGGCGGCCUGGGCGACAUGAACUUCUCUCAGAUGCCGCAGUACUCUGGCCGCAAUCCCCUGCAGUCGAUGCUCUCCCAGACCAAGGAGGGCCCCGAUGCCAAGCGGAUAAAGGUCGAGUCGCCGCACUCGGCGCUGGAUUCGAUCGAUUCAUGGCUUCAGUUUGACGAGGAUGCCGACAAGUUUGGCAGCUUCGAGAUUGACUUUUCCAAACAGUACAACACGGCCAACCAGCCAAGAGCUUCCACAAACAUGACGCCGGGACUGGGCAGCGGUCUCUACGCCAAUCCCACCGCCCCCUUCAGAGAAGAAGACUUUCUCGACGACAGCGCCUUUGACCACUCUCUGUCCGAAGACGACGAGAUGUUCGACAACAUCAACAUCAAUGACCAGCUGUCCAAGCUUGGCACGCUGCCCUCGACCGAAGCUCAGUCAUCCAGGAGUCUCUUCUCCACGCCGUCGAUGGGCUGGGAGAAGCCUCAGCAAGGCGUCCAGCCCAGCGCCGUCAUGGGCGACGAGAUCCCGAGGCGCAUGACUAGCGAUUCCUGGGACCCGAUUCCGCAGGGCACCAAUUACACCCUCACGCCGGACGAGCGCCGCCGACUGCUCGAAAUCGCCAUGGGCCCCGGCAGAUUGGCGUCCUACGUCAACCCCAGCCGGUUCAACAUGGGCUUCGGAUCUACGAUGCAGCCCAGCAUAAGCCAGGAGUUUGGCUUCGGCUUCGGCGCUCCGAAACAGGGGCUGAGCCAUAUGGGCAUGUACCAGAGGAACAACUCGGCCGACACGAGCGCAUCCCCCCUCUCGCAGAGUCGGGAAUUGAAACACAAGCAGCCCAAGGUCGAGACGCCGCCGAAGACGGUGCCCACAAAGCGGCCCAGCACGCUUUCGGAGACGAGCAGCAUCGGCAAAGAAAAGGUCAAGUCCGCCGACCGCAUGGCGCACAACGACGUUGAGCGCAAGUAUCGAACCAAUCUCAAGGACAAGAUUACCGAGCUGCGAAAUGCGGUGCCGGCGCUGCAGCAGGUGGCUGAAGGGGAGCCGGACGCUGCGCAGGGCAUUGCCAAAGUGAGCAAGCUCGAGCAACGCAACAAGGAUAUCAUGACGGAGCAUAAGCAGCUUAUGCGACGACUGCAAGCCUUCGAAGCACUUCUCAACAACUCGAUGAGAGUCGACAUCAUGCCCAGCCAUAGCAUGACGCUCUUCGACCCGAGAGGAUUCUGUUGAUCUCUUGUAUCAAUUUUGUCCUAGCUUGUACAUAUUGUUUCUUCGACGACUGCAUGAAAAUGACGGAUCUUUGCGUUUCCUUUCGAUUUCAGUGGGAAGCAUCUCAACGAGCUUCUCGCUCCAGGCAGGCAUUUGACCAUCUCAUCGCCACCACCACCAUCACCACCACAUCUUUCUAGAUCGUCUCUGCCGCCUGCUACCACACACCUCUCACACUACUUCGGCGUUACGGUGGCCUUGUUUUUUCUUUAUGGUGUUCUUUUAUUUAUUUGUGUUCUUUCUUUCGCAAACAAACACGGCAUGAAAACCCAGAUACAAGGGGUUUGUAACUGGGGCAUGGGCGGUUCUUUGUGUUUUCUUUUUUUUAUUCAUAUGUAUGGGAAAAUGGGACGAGAUGAAAAGCGGAACAAAACACGUUAGGGCAAUGCAAACCUAGGGAAGCGAAGGAAGGUUGUUUCUUGAUGAGGAGAGCCAUGACAUGGGGAGAUUUGCGCUUUUUGGAGGCAUAAGGGGAUAGAUUUGACGGUUCUUGAUUGAUAGAGAUGAAACACAUCUUUUAACUGGGGUUUGAGAGACGGGAAAGAAAGGAGCAAUUGCUCGGUUACACUUGGGAGUUGUGCAUAAUACAUGAGCAUGCGAGGCGCCGUUUUGCCUUGGUGGGCAACU